UGUAAGCAUUCGCACAGUCGGCGAACGCACAGCUAGGCGUAGGGGAUUCGUUCUUCAAACGGGCUUUAGAGUAGUUGACGUUUCGCGUUCGUUUACCCGUUAAGCUGUUGCUGCGUUAUUUCUCUAUCAUUGUGCGUUCUUCUAUGAAUUCUGUACUAAGCUGAUCGGACAGUUACUAAUAAAUGUGGCUGUACUUCGGCUCUUAUCUAAAGCCUUAUAUAACGUGAUGUAGAGCAGGGUCUGCAAUUCACUGUUCAGCUAGGUUCCUUACUCUUAAUCGCGGCAAUUUCGAAUUAGCGAGCACACACUGAAAUUUCAAGUGCAGCCAUGGCAGGAAGCAGUGCUUUUCACUCUGUGCGGAUCCUUAUUGGGCGCAACGCCAUGCCGAUAAAUGAACGUGUGAACGUUGCUGCCACACUGUUUACGGACACCGUACGAAUUUCCCCUUAUUUAUCUCGCACUGUGGUAACGGUCAACAACUCGAGCGGGCUUCGUCCUAGCAAGCGAGCGAAGAGUGUGACGUUGGAAACACUCAACCCGUGCAUAAAAGAGAUGCAGUAUGCGGUUAGGGGACCACUCGCGAAUCGUGCUUCGGAGAUCGAAAAGGAACUGGAAAAGGGUGUCAAGAAACCAUUUACAGAAGUUAUUAAAGCAAACAUCGGUGACUGCCAUGCCAUGGGACAAGUGCCUAUUACAUUUAUUAGACAGGUGCUUGCUGUGGUUUCAUAUCCAAUGUUACUAGAUGAUCCCAUGUUUCCCUAUGAUGUGAAACAUCAAGCCAAAGAGAUCCUGGCUAGUUGUCCAGGUGGCAGUGUUGGAUCAUAUUCUGAAACUGCUGGAAAUGAAGUGAUUCGUAGACAUGUAGCAGAAUUUAUAGAAAAGAGAGAUGGUGCCCCAAGUUCUUCAGAGGACAUUGUGUUGACAUCUGGUGCAACUGUAGGCAUAAAGGUAGUGCUGAAGUUGCUGAUUGGAGAAAUAAAUGGGAAAAAACCUGGUGUUAUGAUUCCAAUUCCCCAGUAUCCUUUAUACUCUGCUACUCUUUCAGAAUUUAACAUGGUGCAGAUACCAUAUUAUCUGGACGAAGAAAGAUGCUGGGGAUUGGAUGUAACUGAGCUACAACAUGCCAUAGGUGAAGCUAAAAAAGUAUGUAAUCCUCGUGCUAUAGUCAUUAUAAAUCCUGGAAACCCGACAGGCCAAGUUCUUUCACGAAAUAACAUUGAAGAGAUAAUUAAAUUUGCACAUCAGGAGAGGUUAUUUAUUUUUGCUGAUGAGGUGUAUCAGGACAAUGUGUAUGCAGAAGAAAGUAAAUUCUAUUCAUUUAAAAAGGUUAUGAUGGAAAUGGGACCACCAUAUAGUGAGAUGGAGAUGGCCUCUUUCAUGUCUGCAUCAAAAGGAUACAUGGGUGAGUGUGGACUACGGGGAGGAUACUGUGAGGUGAUCAACCUAGAUCCAGAUGUGAAAGAAAUGUGCUUGAAAGGCUUUAGUGUUUUGUCAGGUGCUACUCUUCCAGGACAGGUUGCAAUCGACUGCAUAGUAAAACCACCUCAGCCAGGAUCUCCAUCAUACAAGCAGUAUGCUGUAGAAAAAGAGGCUAUUUUAAACUCACUUAGUGUAAGGGCAAAGAUUGUUGUAGAAACAUUCAACAGCCUGAAGGGGAUGUCCUGCAACAAAGUGCAAGGUGCCAUGUAUGCAUUCCCACAGUUACAUCUUCCACCCAAUGCUAUAAAGACAGCUAAACAAAAUAAUUUACCACCAGAUACAUUUUAUGCAUUGGGAUUACUGGAGGCAACUGGUAUCUCUGUUGUACCAGGAUCAGGAUUCGGGCAAAAACCAGGAACUUAUCAUUUCAGAACUACUAUUUUGCCUCAGCAAGAUAAACUGAAGAGUAUUAUGAAGAAAUUCAAGGCUUAUCAUGAAGAGUUUAUGCAAAAGUAUGAAUAAUAUGCAAAUUAAGGAAAAUGCUCACAAAUUUGGGUGGAGCAGUGUUUUAUUAUGGACAUAUUUGUCUUCUGUUCCUUUGUGGAGUAAAAACCACAAAAUACUAAUACAAAAUGAAACUUGUGGACAAAUAUUACUGUACUUCCUAAGGAGGCUGUAAAAUUAAUUUCUUAAAUUAUGUAAUACUCACUUUUAGCUGUUACCUUUUUAUUACAGUUUUGAAAUUUUGCCAUUUGAUUUGAUGUUUUGUGUGUUACAUAUAUGUCAUUAAAAAUUA